AUGACUCCGACAAGCUUGGCGAGUCUUUCCGUCACCAAAGCUGCCAGCUCACUCGGCAGUCUGGCGGCGCGGCUGCUGCCGAUGCUACUGUUGCUCCCGGCACGCGCAGCGUCAGAGGGCGGUCUCUCCGACUACGUGCAGCACCACCAGAUGCUCCACUACACUCCGCUGUCCGCCGGUCGCGGCCGGCGCUCGACGGCCCCGCCGCUGCAGCUCCAGCUGCCAACUGGGGACCGCGUGCUCACCCUCCGCCUGGUACCAGAUACGUCCACCCUGGCGCCGGACAUCGUCUACUCUGGCCCGUCAGGCUCCACGGUCGGCACCGACUCUCUGACGCCGCUCUUCACCGGCUGGGUGCUCGGCGAGCCCGGCUCGGCGCUCUUCGGCGGCCUCGUGGAUGGCGUGUUCGACGGCACGAUCGAGCUGGCCAACGAGACGCUGGUGGUCGAGCGGACGUCGCUGCACAUGCACGGUGGCCCGCACGGUCACUCGUUCGUGUACCGAGCGUCGGAUAUGCUCCUACCGCCCGCGCGUGAGGGCGACCGGCCUUGCGGCGUCAGAGAUGGGCACGAUCCGCUGGUGUGGGACAGCGACAAGCACAAGGCGACGACAGUACCCAGUGAAGAAGAUAGACAACCGCGGCAGGAAACCGUGACGCUCGCUUCCGUGAUGAAACACUGGCGGAGCAGCACCGGUCGCGGUCGCCUGAAAAGACGCAUCGACGAUCACGAUGGCGACCACGGCAGUGGCCAUAAUGAAGACGCCGAGCCCGACGAGGUGUACAACAAACAUCACGACGGGGCGCACUCGCGCACACUCUGCUCCGUGUACGUUGAAACGGACCCCAAGCUCUGGCAAGAGAUAUUCCGCAAUGAGCGCGGUAGUUUACGCCGCACAGAGACGUUUCUUCAGUGGCUGGCCGGGUCGCACGUUCAGGGCGUCAACCGGAUUUUCAAACAAGCGAUAUUCGACGGCCGGCACCACCACCACGAGUACCAAUUUCAGAUCCAGAAGCUGGUAGUCAGCGACGACCACACGUGUCUACCCAACUACUCGGGCGUGCGCAACCGGCUCUGUUUCGACCACACCAACUCGCAGACCUACCUAGAGGCGCAUUCCGACACCAACUUUGACUCCUUUUGCUUGGCGUUCGCCAUCAGCUACCACGACUUUGAGCAGGGCACGAUUGGUCUGGCGUGGAUUGGCGCGCCGUGGGAGGGUGCUGGCCGCGGCGUGUGCGCGCGACACGCCGCGCAGGCCUUCUACAACUGGGAGACGGGUGUGAUAGAGCGCAAGUGGCGCUCUCUGAACACGGCCAUGAUAACGCUGCUGAACUUUGGGCGGCCGGUGCACCCCCUGCAGUCGCAGCUGACUCUGGCCCACGAGAUCGGCCACACGAUGGGCUCGCCGCACGACCAGGGCGCGCUCGGCACGUCGGCAAACAUAUCCCGCGUUCUCGACUACAUCACGGACGGACUCUACUUCAACUGCUUCGCGGUGAAAGGCUCGGCGUUCUGCGGUAACGGCGUCGUGGAGACGGGCGAGCAGUGUGACUGCGGGUUCACGGCGCACGACUGUCGCGACCGGUGCUGCUGGCCUCGUCACCCGCCGGCCGCCGCCGGGUCGCCCAAGAAGGCCCGCUGCCAGUACCAGCCGGGCGCCGUCUGCAGUCCCAGCCAGGGGCCGUGCUGCGACCCGGUGGCGUGUGCCACCGUGCCGGCGGAGGCCAACCACACGUGCCGCGCGGGCACCGAGUGCACGCUGCCGGCCCUCUGUGACGGCCGCUCGCUGCAGUGUCCCGCCGUCGACGAAUAUGGCCGAGCUGACGCCCUGACUGAGGCAGACGUCGGCGGCGACCGCAGCCAGCUCUGCGUGGUCGGCUGCCACGCGCACAGCGGCGCUCCGUGCCGACCGCGCAACCCCUGGCUCCUGGAGGCCGGCGACCCGUGCGACGGCGACCGGGGCGCGUGCGACUCGCUGCUGCGGUGCCGUCCGCUGGAGGCGGCGGCCACCAGCGCCGGCCGCUGGUGGCUGGCCACCGUGGUGGCUCUGCUGCUGGCUGUCGUCUGCGCGCUGCUGCUGCGCUGCGUGGCGCUCCACAUCCCCUCCAGCAACCCCAACAAGCCGCCGCCGCGACCCAUGAGCGAAACGCUGCGCGUGCCGCUGGCCACCUUCUUCGGACUGAGCGGGGGCGGCGACCUCCAGCUGUGA